UCUGCCAAUCGAUAGGCGGGAUUUUUCGGAAUGCUUACAGGUUUUUUUCAAAACACAUUUACAAGAUUAUUUGUACAGUGAUAAGUAAUUCAGUUAGGAAAAGCAAUAAUUUAUGGAUUUAAUGAAGUAAUUGAAAUAUCAUCAGAAAUAUUCCAAGAAAUUUUGUUUUAUACGGGUUUUGAAAUCUUUGAAAAUGAGGUGCCUGACGAUUUGUCGCGCCCUUCUAGUGAGGAUUCUAUUCUCUAUACACGGAAUGAUAGCAAUUUGGAGGCUCUAUAUGGUUAUUGGCCAGAUCUGGUGCUGGUACCUUUCAGCUGCAUUACUUGGACUUUUUAUUGAAACCAUAGUAACACUGGUAAAGAAGAGAGGAAAAGAAUGGAAAUGGUUUUGUCCAAGUGUUUUCUUCUACCUUGCUUCUGUUGUACCUGCUAUUUGGUUUCUGGAACUACAUAAUAUGCAUAAACGGAUAGAUAAAAGAAAUAAUUUCAAUGCGUCACUUCCGGUUAUACAGGAUGCAAACUCAACAGACGAAGAUCUUACUGUCGACAUUAAAGGGAUCGGCAAAAUUACUAUUCCUUUCGCAAUACCAUCUGAUUUAUGGUUGAAAGUAAUUGAACAGUUUCUGUUACUUAUGCUCAUAAUCGGAAGAUGGCUACUCCCGAAAGGCGCAUUGUCACAUGACCAGCUUUCUCAAUUACUAUUGGUCUAUGUCGGAACAGCAGCCGAUAUUGUAGAAUUUUUUGAAGCAUUCAACGAGGAUAAGGUAAAAUUUAACCCAAUGCUUUGUUAUAUUGUACUUGGUAUUUGGACAUCCAGUUUGAUGCAAUUUACACUUGUUCUCACAGCAACCAGAGCUCGACGAGACCAUGCCGGAGCACCAAAUGCCAUUCAGUUGCAUGACCCCGAUUCGGCAUGCUGUAAUCCGGAAAUUUACGGAAUAUUGAUUUCCAUAUUUAUGCAAGAUUGCCCAUUCUUAGUAGUACGUUUAUUACUCAUAUUCAAAUAUCAAGUUGUCAGUUACACAAAUAUGUUUUUUACAUCUAAGAACUCAUUAGUCAUCAUUUUACUUUUAUAUCGAGUUGUUGUCGUCCAUUGUGAAACACACAACAAGAAGAGAAACGUUAAAGGUAGUCCGAUGGUUCCAAGAUGCAGACCUGUUGACGGAUUUGUUGAAUACGAAACUAAGAACGGUAGAGUGAAUCUGAAACCAUGUCAAAGUACCCCGGAUGUAUAUGUUUGCAAAACAAAUGAUAGUUUACAACGCUAUAAAACUUUAAAGCGGAUUGGGAAAAGUGAUCCCCAAAUGAUUAAAAGCAAAUCAAAAUGACGAAAAGGAUUGAUUUUUGAAUAUAAAAAUAUCUCAAAACUGUUUCUGAUAAGCAUUCCUUAUUUGAAUAAAUAUUGGUAAGUUCCUGGUGCAGGCGAUAUAAUGGUUUGACUCACGAAAGCAACAUAGAUGGUGAUCAGGGUUUGCAGAAAAGAACAGCUAAAGCGUUGGAAGUGUGUGUUCAAUAUAUGGUCAAUGAGAUCAUGUACAUAUGUGUAUAACUAUAACUUGUGAAUGGCGCAAUUUUUUUCAUUUACAAAUAUAAAAUAUCUUUUGACAUACAUAUUCUUAUUAAAGUAGAUAGGUUGGACUAUUCCAUAUUUUUAAGUGAGAAUCUGUGUGGGAUUGUCAGGAGAGAGAAUAAUGGGUCAAAUCUACAUAAAACUGGACCAAUUUUCUUUUUAUAAAGACUGGAGAAAAAAUGGACGAAAUAAGAACAAAAAGAGAAUAACGUGAUUCUUAAAUUAAAGAAUUAUCUAUGAGUAAUGGACACAAUAUAUAUAUAUAUAUAUAGAAUAUAUAAGAAUGACACAAAAGUAAAGAAUGUAGAAAUAAAGUAUCCCCUUCCGAACCCCUCUUACAUGUUGUUGAAUGAAAGAUUGUCUUUGGAAAUUCCAUAUAUACAUAUAUAUAAAUAUAUCAGUAUGCGUGUAGUACAAUUUAUCAAGUGUGAAUGGGAAAGGGGGCUAUUAAUGAGUAUAUUCCUUAGUUUUUUGCUCAUUAUUCUCUAUUUGGUAUACGUAAGCGCCUCAUUAUUUCCAAUUAAUUUUUCUCUAUCUUUAUAUAUGUUUGCCCUGAAUUCCACAUUUUGAUCGAGGCCCUCAUCGUAAUCAUUUUCGUAAUGAAUGACUUCAGGGAAAUUUCACCAUAAACUAUGACCAAGAUGUAACGCUAUUUUCAUAUAUAUACUAAUGCUUGUAUUUUUGAACUCACAUCAGUAUUUUUAAUGUUUGUUAAAAUUCUAAAUGUAAAGCUGUAAAUAUUGAAGUUCGUUAAGAGCAAUGAUAUCAAUAAUAAAUCAUAAGAAAUGUCAAUUAAUAUACGUAUUGAUGUUUACAUGUGUACCUUGUUGUGAUCCAUGAUUAUGUACUUACAUUGUAUAUGUAUUAAAUCUGUAUUUAUAAAAAGAUUGUAGGGUUAUACACAACAGU